CUCUGCGCUCCGACCAGCGAGCUGCUCCUCCUCCCCUGAUUUCCAGUUCCAGGGUUUUACCGACUCGACUGAAGACCAUGAAGAAGUUUUUCGAAGACAUCAAAAAAGACAUUAAAUUCAAAUCUGCAGGCCCCGGGAAGAAACUGACGGAGGAUUCCAGUAGUAAGCCUGAGGUGGUGCAGAGCAGCUCCGGUGCCAAACAGAACCGCUAUGCUCCCAGUGAAGGAGCCCAGAGGGCUGGAGCUGCAGCCCUGGCCAGGAUUGAACAGCAGCAGCGGCCCAAGGUGUACACCUCCCAGGAUGCCAUCAGGAACCAAGUCAAAAGAGAGCUCGAAGCAGAGGCUGCUGCGCUGGCUGAGAGAGAAAAGGACACUUCAGCAGAGGGCGCCAAAGUACCAGUGAGAGACCCCUCCUGCCUCUCUGUGUCUGGUGUGUAUUUUACCUGUCCGUUAACUGGAGCCACAUUGACCAAGAGUGAGAGGGACGUACACAUCAAGGAGGCCAUAUUUAUGCGGUUUGAGGAGGACGCAGUGGAGGCGUCUGUAAUGAUGGUUCACACGUUUAACAAAGACAAGGAUAAAGUGAAAGCUGCUGUUGACAUUAUAAGCAAAUAUGUUGAAAAUAUAUGCAAGAACCCCUCAGAGGAAAAAUACAGAAGGAUCAAGCUCAGCAACAAAGUGUUCCAGGAGAAAGUGCAUUGUGUAGAGGGCAGCAGAGAGUUCCUGCAGGCUCUGGGCUUCACAAGCGUCAUGCUUCCUGUAGAGGGCCAAGAGGGGGAAGAGGAGUUCUUGGUGCUACCAGAGCAAAGUCCCGACGCCUUGGAGCUGAUGAAGGAGAGAAGGGAUCGUCUUCAGGGAGGAGAGCCAGUCAGAGCUCAGCUGGACAGGCAGCCUCAAGCUUUCAGACCCUCUUCGAACGCCCAGCGCUUCGAGCUGCCGCCUGAGUUCUACAACUUAACAGCGGAGGAACUCAAAAAGGAGCAACAACAGAAGAGUGAUUUGGUGGAGAAAAACGCCAUGCUGCGUACGAAAGCCAUGAGGGAGAGAGAUGAGCAGAGGGAAAGGAGGAAAUAUAACUACACCCUGUUAAGGAUCAGACUGCCUGAUGGAAACCUGCUACAGGGGACCUUCUAUGCCUGGGACCGGCUGCCCGUGCUGUUCGGGUUUGUGCGGGAGUCGCUGGUAGACGGCUGGCAGCCGUUUGAACUCAUUGCUCCCGGAGGUCAAAAACUCCAGGAGUCUGAGGAGGUCGCUCUCGCCGAGUGUAACCUGGUCCCUGCAGCUCUGCUCACGUUUUCCUGGGAUGCAGCAGUGCAGGCUGAUAUCGCCGCUGCGGGUGGAAAGAGCCCGACCCUCCUCAAACCAGCGCUGCUGGACAAGAUCAAAACGUUGAGCUGAGCGCACACACACACACACGCGCUCCCUGAACGCUCCUUCGCUGCCCCCCCCCCCCCCCCCCCCCCCCCCACACUGCUGGGGUGAAAUUGCUCCCUCGACUAGUGAUAAAUUUAUUUUUUACAAAUUCUUACCAGUAGCAGAGGUUAAAAAAAAUCCCCGGGGCAACUUCACCUUGAUGUGUUUGUUUUUUGCUGAGCUUAUCUGUCCACCUGGGGGAAAUGACGCUGCCCCACCUCAGCAGGAAGUCACGGUGGAAGAAGCACUACUGACAGGAAGGAGUAACGACGCAGUUUACGUGUGUUUGUCUUAUCGUUGAGUCCCGAACGCCUCGGCAGCAGGCAAGGCAGCAGCACUUUGUGCUCCAGCCAACCGAUAACCAGUCAGGUAAACGUUUCGCGGCAUGUUGAGACCUCGUUGAACUGUGUCACCGCGUUCUUCUCCUUUCUUUGAACCGUAGAAAAUCAAGCUCAAGUCAAAGAAAAAGCAACUUGUUUCUUAAGCCUGAGUAUCUCGGCACCAACUGUAGCUCCUGAGUGUUUCAGCACACUGACUGUCCGUGCUGUGUUUUGGAUGUUCAGGUGUUAACUGCGUGUGUAUUCCGUUGACUGAUUGUCUGCUCUGAUUUGAUGUGACGAGUUUUUCUCGGCUACUAUAAACAUGCAUAAGCUUAUGUUUGGGUCUCCGUGUCCUCCGCCCCGCAGCGGCCUGACACUCCUCGAUGUUGUACAACAGACGUCUGUGUUUGCUACCAGAUGAGCACAAGCCUGAUUCAUUAAUCAAAGCCAUUUGAUGGUAAGCAUUAAAUGUAGGAGGAUUUUGAUUAUUAACUACUGAUAGAAAACAAAAGUAGUUUUCUGUUUUUAUUUCAAGCACUUUGAAGGAUUACAUGAACUAUAACUAAUAAAAAAAAAAAACAAGAAUUCAGCCACUGAGUGCCCUGGUGAGUUAAAAAUGAUUUAGCAUUACCUGGUCCAUACUUCUCAAAUAGAAGCAUUAAUCGCAACUUGCUCUGGCAUGCAGAUAAUCAAAAGUUACUUUUCUUUUGUUGAAACCAGCAGCUUGUCCUGUCGAUGCUGGCUUUAUUUAUUCUCAUGUGCUGUAUUUGUGGAAGUAUUUUCUGUUUCGGUUAAUAACUACGCUUACAAUAUUUUCUGUGUAAAGUGAUUCAGUAAUUUCAGCUUAAACACUUAUAGACUGAGUUAUCAUAACACAUCAUUGAAGACUUUUUUUUGUGCUGUAUUUGAAUCUCUGCCAGGUAAAUUGGUAAAAAGCUAAUUAUUUUUCUUGCAUUUGUUAGGUUAGGAUGACAACAACCUACCUCUCAUUAAUUCAGAUUCACCUAAAGAGAGAUUUACACAAACCAGAGUAGAUCGUAGAAGCUUUUUUGUUAGUUUCACAUUAACUUUCAUGUUUCUUUUUUGUUUUUGCUCAUGAAAAACAAUUCCCAGGUGUGUCAUCAAAUAAUCGGGUGUCUCCAGAACCUUUGAGGCCAGAUAAUGAAAGCAUGUGGCUUUCAUCAGGUGUCUAACUUUACACAGAUUAGUGAGCAGUUGUGAUCAGUCCAAAUGUUUUGCUGCUUUUUAACCUGCCUGUAUUAAAAGAAAAAAAAAGAAAAAAAAAAAAGCUUGAACUGUGUCUCAACUUUGAUUUUAAUCGAGAAUUGUG